AUGGCCAAAACUAAUAUUUUGAAGGUCACCAUCUUUCUCUUGUUGCAACUCAUCACUACUGGAUCCACCAGCUCCGCCCGGAUCCUUGAUGAAGUGGAGGAUCCACAACCCCCAAUCACAGCCGACUCACCCGCAGUAGGAUUUGUCGAUGAUCCUAAAGCCGAUGAUGUGCCACCUGUGGCAGGCACCGCUGCAACAUUACCAAAUGGCCAAAUCCCGGCCACUGCUACUGCUACUGGUACCGGUACCAAUACUCCUGGUGUUGGUGCAGCGCCUCUAGCUGUGCCCUCCACGUCCACGGGCCUGCCAAAUGGAGUCGCCCCAGUUAUUGCCCCUAGUGUCACAGAAGCCCCUGAUGCCGCCGAUGCGGCACCAGUAGUAGCAACUCCGAUUGCGACAUCUCCAAGCGGGGCAUCCUCCAUAUCCGCCACGGUAGCAGAACACCCUCAAUUGUCCUUCUUCAUGCAUGACAUCCUGGGGGGAACACACCCUUCAGGCAGGGUGGUCACCGGAAUUGUGGCCAACUCAGAUGAUAACAACCUCCCUUUCUCCAAACCUAACAAUCAAGUCUUCCCUAUUAGUGGCGGUGUUCCCCUCAACACUUUCACUGGUGUCGUUAACGACAACAAUGCCCCAUCCCUUGUAGGCCUAAAUGGCUCCCCAGGCUCCACUGUCAUACAAAACAGUGGCAACAACAACAUAGUCAAUGGUGGCAACAACUUGCCCUUCGUCACUGCUGGCCAGCUUCCAGCUGGCUUAACUCUUCAGCAGCUCAUGUUUGGCUCCAUUACUGUCGUUGACAAUGAGUUAACCCAGGGCCAUGAGCUGGGCUCGGCCGUGUUAGGCAAGAUGCAAGGUUUUUACUUGUCAAGCUCUUUGGAUGGUACUAGUCACACGCUUGUGUUAACAGCUCUGCUCCAUGGUGGUGAGCAUGAUGUUGACGACACUAUUAGUUUCUUUGGAAUUCAUCGCACUGGAUCCCCGGUCUCUCAGAUUGCUCUCAUUGGUGGCACGGGCAAGUAUGAGAAUGCUAAAGGGUACGCCACGAUUGAGACCCUUCCCCAGCAGGAUCAACACACAACUGAUGGUGUAGAAACAAUCACAGAGUUCAGUGUUUACCUCACCCUUUGA